AUGGAUUUCAAUGAAAGUCCCAGUGAGAAUUCCAGUAAGGAGUCCAAUUCAUCCCAAAACUUUAAUGCAGAGAAUGAAGAACAGUAUCACAAUGUUCUCAUGCCAAGUAUUUAUGGAGUCAUCUGCUUCGUUGGCAUUAUUGGCAACUGCAUAGUCAUCUACACCAUUGUCAAAAAGACAAAGUUCAGGGCACAACAGACGGUGCCUGAUAUCUUCAUCUUCAGCCUAUCCAUCGCAGAUCUUCUGUUUCUUCUAGGCAUGCCAUUCCUCAUUCACCAGCUCGUGGGAAAUGGCUCUUGGUGUUUCGGUGCCACCAUGUGCACUGUGAUUACAGCAUUGGACUCCAACAGUCAGAUUGUGAGCACUUACAUCCUAACAGUCAUGACGUUAGACAGAUACUUGGCGACAGUUCAUCCCAUCCGCUUCAACCAUAUACGAACCCCAUGCGUUGCUGCGGCGGUCAUCGGCCUGGUAUGGUUUCUCUCUUUGCUCUCCAUCACGCCAGUGUGGAUGUAUGCCGGACUCAUGCCGUUGCGAGACGGCUCUGUUGGAUGCGCUCUACUUCUCCCAAAUCCAGCUUCAGACACGUACUGGUUCACGCUCUACCAGUUUGUGCUGGCUUUUGCAUUGCCGUUGGUGAUCAUUUGCGUGGUCUUUUUCAAGAUCCUCCAAAAUAUGGCCGCCACAGUGGCGCCACUCCCCCAACACAGCUUACGAGUGCGCACCAGGAAGGUCACUCGAAUGGCUGUCGCCAUAUGCCUGGCGUUCUUCAUUUGUUGGGCACCCCAUUACAUCUUGCAGUUAGCGCAUCUAAGCGUGCACCGGCCCAGUUUCGCCUUCCUGUACGCCUAUAACGUCGCCAUCAGCAUGGGUUACGCCAACAGUUGCAUUAACCCGCUACUCUACAUCAUGCUAAGUGAGACCUUCAAGAGGCAAUUUAUCGUGGCCAUUCGGCCUGCGCACAAAGACUUCCGGGCUGAACCAGGAACAGCAGAUGAAAGCGUCAGCCUACGUUUGGCGCCAGAUGCAGGACAACAAUCCCAGUCCUCUAGGGAGUUGUUGCCGGUAACCGUGGCUGUGCAUUAA